AUGAAUCAACCCCCGGCUCUGUUGGACCUAUGCAUCGAGUUCGUAGGGCUCAACAUCACUACGCUGCCGUCGGCACACGUGCCCGUCGAACUCAAGGAGCGCAUGCUGAGCUUUCUCAACCGCCGCAGCAUGCUCACCGAGGCCAGGCUGCGGCUGUUGCUGGAUCCGGACCUGCGCACGCUGGACAUGAGCGGCUGUCGAGAGACCAACAACACCACCAUCGUCCGGGUGGUGAAGUGCUGCCCCAACAUCACCUCCAUCAACUUGGCCCACUGCCCGGCGAUCACUGAUUUCACCAUCCUCGAGGUCGCCAAAAGCUGCAAAUACCUGACAUCGGUCAACCUGUGCCAUUGCACGGUCGUGAGCGACACGUCUGUAUUGCAGAUUAUGAGGAACUGCCGCUUGCUGCGUAAGCUGGACCUGUCCCACUGCGCCAUCACCGGCUACUCGUUCGUGGCCCUCAAGACCGAGCAGAAGCAGCAGUUGCGCCAGAAGCCCGCAGCCGACGCGGGCGCCGACGCGACGCUCGCCAGUGCGGGCCUGCCCCACCUCCACUUCCUCAACCUGUCCGGCUGCAGCAAGCUCAACCAGCGGGCGCUGUUUGCGCUGAUGAAGAUGGCCCCGCGGCUCGAAGCCCUCUUCAUCAACAACGAUUUUCCGCUCCAGCUGAAUGACGCCCUCCGGAAGCUCGCCAAGCCACACCACCAGAACCUCAAAGUAUUGUCGCUUCGGAUGGACCAGCAGACGCACAUCGUUCCACGAUUCGAUGGUUCGCUGGACAACUUUGUGCGAUCACCGACGGCGGCCAACCUCAAGUGCAUCGACCUGGCCGGGUGCAUGUUCGCCGACGACCGGCAGUUCAAGAGCUUCAUCGUCGCGUGUCCUAACAUUUCGCGUCUCAUUUUGAGCCACUGCGCGUCCAUGAGCGAGGACCGGUUCAUUCAAAUCGCCAAAGGUCUGCCGCACCUGGAGAUGCUGUCCCUGGCCAACUGCGGGAGCAUUCAGGACAAGUGCGUGGAGCAGCUGUGCGCCAACAUGGCGAGCACCUCCCUCUCGCUCCUCAACCUCUCGCGCUGCAAGGGCCUCACUGAUAAAUCGGUCGAGUACCUGAUGCAGGCCAAGUCCCUGGCCAACCUCCAGAAGCUCAUAAUCUCUGGGUGUUCGCUGUCGUCGCCGAUGUUCGAGGGUCACCCGUCGCUGGCCUACCUGGACGUGUCGUGCCACGCGCGUUUCCUCAACCCGCACUUUGAGCUGCCGGCCCUGCAGCAGCUCAACAUGUCCAACGUCUACAUCCUCCACGGGCCGCACAUCGCCUGCCCGCUGCUGGCGUCGCUCCACCUCAUCAACUGCGAGCGCCUCAUCGACCCGCACAUCAACUGCCCGGCGCUCAACCUGCUCAACAUCGCCAAGAUCAAGGGCAUCACCAAGGGCCGCAGCGGCUCGGGCGGCACCGGCGGCGAGAUGACCCUCGGCUCGGUCGUCGGCAGUUUUGGCGGCGGCUCCGGCGGCAGCGCCGCGCUCGACGCCACCCACGCCUCCGCCACCGGGCUGCUGGGCAUUCUCGGCGAGACGGCCCGGCGGCGGCGCGAGCUGGGCCGCGAGCGGAGCGAGAGCGAGGAGAACGUGUUCUACUUCGACUACAACUUCCUCGAGGAGGUGUUCAACUUUGACAGUUGGAACCCGGCCGCGGGAGGCCCGACGGUCGGCAUUCCGACGGGCGCGGCGGCGUCGCUGGCGUCGCUCGGCGUCUCGUCGUCGUCGGGGUCGGCCGGCGGCAAUCUGCUGUCGCUCAAGGAGAGCUCGAUCGAGUGCCCGUCGCUGUCGACCCUCAUCCUGUCCAACUACAACUUCGAGGCGGCCUUGGGCACCUCGUCGCCGUCGUCUUCGUUCAGCUCCUCCUCCCUAUCUUCGUUCUCGUCGUCUUCAUCUUCGUCAUCGUCAUCGUCGCCGCCGCUUCUGCUCUCCCCCGCCCUCCUGCUGUCGCCGUCGCAGUCGUUCGUGGGCGACCUGCGCCGACUCUUCGGCGGCAUCAGCGCCAACCUGAAGAGCAUCAACCUCAAGGGCACGAAGGGCAUCCCGCUCGAGAUCAUCGCCGAGCACUGCCCGGGCCUGCUCUCGCUCAACCUGUCCUCGUUCACGCCCGCCACGCCCGGACAGGUCUUGUCGACAUCGGCCUCGACGACCUUCCCCUCGCUCUUCCCCUUCCAGACGCCCGUGCUCACGCCCUCGCCCUCGGCGUCGGCCGCGACCUCGCCGUCGCUGACGUCAGCACCAUCAUCGUUGUCGACAACAACAACAACUGUCGACGGCACCGGCGACAGGCGGACCAAGUCCAACUCAUUCGUGUCGCCCAUGUCGCUCUCGAUCAGCUCGCUCGAGGACUUCAUCGCGUCGCACUCGCUGAUCGAGAUCGUCAAGACCAACUUUCUCGCGCCGCCGGGCGACUCCACCUCCACCGCCGCCACCAUCAACACCAACAAGAACAAGAUCGCCCUGGAGAACCUCAUCCUGCGCAACCUCACCCUGGACGACGCGGCCUCGUUCCUCCCGGCCAGCAGCGGCAGUGCCACGUCAGCCGGUGGUGUCGGCAAGAAAAACAGCCUUGGUAGUUCGGGGGCGAAGCACCAACAGCGGCAGAGCAACAACGGCAGCAGCGGUCGAGAGCAGCGUGGCGGCGUGGUCGAGAUCGCGUCGCCGUCGCUCAAGACGCUCGACCUAUCGUUCGCCCAGAGCGUGACCGAGGUGGUGGUCAACUGCUCACGGCUGCAGAACAUGAACCUGUCGUCGUCCAAGCGGCUGGAACGCGUCGAGAUGCGCAGCGCGCACCACCUGUUCACGCUCAACCUCAAGUCCUGCCCGGGCGUCAAGAGCGUCGUCAUCUCGUCGCGCGCGGCCUCGAUCAACCUGCGCACCCUCAACCUCGGCUUCUGCAUCGACCUCACCGAAGUCGUCUUCCGACGCCGCCGUCGCCGUCGCCGCCUCCAGCUCAACCGCCUCAACCGCCUCCGCCUGCAGGCCGAAGACGGCGCCAACGGCGUGGACGACGUCGCCGGGCGACUCGAGGCCCUGCGCCUGCACCGUGUCGACAAUGGCGACAGCUCGAAGGGCGCCCGCAACGGCGUGGAUUCCUCGGAUUCCUCGGGUGGAGGCGCGCAUGGCACUGGCGGCGGCGAGGCCGAGCGCGCUGAGGGCUGGAAGCGCGAGCGGAGGCGCGAGCUCACCAAUGUCACGCUCACGGUGGACGACGGCAACAGCGUCGGCGGGGACAACAAGGGCAAGGACAAGGAGAGUCGUGCCGUCAACACUGCCAGUGACGAUGACGAGCACAGCCGCCGGCAGCGCGAUCUCGGCUCGUGUGGUGAUGACGUCGACGAGGAUGGCGAUGACGAUGAAGACGAGGAGGUGGAUGAGGAACAUGGAACCGGCAACGACGGCAAGGAGGAGUCUCUUGAGCUGGGUCAGUUGCGGGUGGUGGAUCUCUCGCGCUGCGCCAAGAUGAGCUUCGACAACAUAUACGACAUCGUGCGGCAUUCCAGGGAGACCAUCCAGGAGCUGUACCUGACCGGCUGCGACUUCCUCGACAACAUCCACGUCAUCCGCAUCCUGCGGAAGGCCCACUGCCUCCAGGUGUUAGAUCUGAACGAGUGCUCGAAGGUGAAUAACGAAGUGUUCCUGUGGCUGAUAGACGCCAAGGAGCAGGGCGCCGACGUCACCCUCCAGCGCAUGACCGUCGUCUGGAACAAGGGUAUGACGGAAGAGGUGCGACGGAGACUGAGGCAGGAGCUGCCCACGCUGCUGUUGCAGAUCCACUACCGCACGACCUGGACCAGUUCCCUCAUGGGCAAGUGA